AUUUAGAUCAGUCGUCACACGAAAAGAAAAAGGCGCGCGCGUUUAAAAUGGCGGACUUAAACGCGCGACCUGUCAGUUUCGGUCAGAAUGACCGCUCGCGGAACAUCGGACGAGAACCAAAACGGUGACGUCACCGUCAACGUGACGGACAACGGGAAAGUGGAAGUGGUCUACAAGACAAGCUCGACGGACGGUUUUCUGAAGGCGGAAAAUGUUGAAAGGAAAAGUGCCUCGUUUCUCUACUUGUGCGCGUUCACCGCUUAUCUAACCUCUUUCUCCAGCGGCGUCGGUCUCUCCUGGAGUUCCCCUGUCUUUCCAAAAAUGGAGACCCCGGAAAAUCCGUUCUCGCAUCCGUUGUCCGCCACCCAGACCGCAUGGAUCGCCGCCUCCCUGCAGCUAGGGGCCGCUGUGGGACCUUUCGCGUCAGGCUAUUGCGCUGACAGGUUCGGCCGUAAAAGGGCGCUGAUUUUUUUGACCGUGCCGAUGUUAUUCGGGAACGUACUGUUGGCGAUCGCGGGAAACGUUUAUUCGUAUUAUAUAGCCAGAUUUGCAGUUGGAGUUGGUGUGGGCAGCCAAUUCGCAGUGGUGCCAAUCUACCUGGGCGAAAUAGCGGAGAACCACAAUCGAGGCGUUUUGGGCUGCUUCCUGGGGGUCUUCCUCCACGUCGGAUUGGCGUAUCCCCUCUUCGUGGGUCCCCACGUCACCUUGGUCCACUACGCCCUCUCGUGCGCGGCGCCUCAAGUGUUGUUUUUGAUCAUUUUCGUGAUUUUCAUGCCGGAAACUCCGCAGUUUCUGCUCUCCGUGGGCAACAACGUAGAAGCGGAGCAGUCGCUGAGGAAGCUGAGACACAAGAGCGCGACUGAAAUCAGAAAAGAAAUGGAGGAAAUCAGGAAGUGUUUGGAGAAACAAACCGGACGGACGAGAGCCGUUCAAGUAUUCUGCAACUCUCGGAGCGCGAGGAAGGCCUUGUGGAUAAGCGUCGGGCUGGUAGCGAUCAAACAAUUCUCCGGCAUAAACCCGAUCCUGUCCUUCAUGCAGACCAUAUUCCAGGCAAGCGACAGCAGUAUAAGUCCCCUAAUAUCCACCAACAUCAUCGGGUGCGUUCAAAUUUUCGCCAACUUCGCCUGUUUCCCUAUAAUCGAGAAACUCGGUCGCAGGAUCCUCCUGCAGCUAUCCAUCUUCGGCUGCGGAAUGUCCGUCAUGUUUCUCGGCAUCUACUUUUGCCUGAAAACGCACCAGUUUGACGUGGACGCCAUCUAUUGGCUGCCGGUGACCUGCGUGUUCGUGUACUUCCUGUCUUUCAGCAUGGGCUUGGGGUUUUUACCGUGGUGCAUCAUGGGCGAAGUGAUGCCGCCUGCGGUUAAGGGGGUAGGAUCGGCGAUUACGUCGUCCGCUUCGUUCGCGUCCUCUUCCAUAGUGACGUUUCCCUUUCCCAUCAUCAAAGAGGUCUUCGGCAUGGGCGUCGCGUUCCUUAUGUACGCCAUCUGUUGCCUUUUGGGGAUGGUUUUCGUGCAUUUUUGCGUGCCCGAAACCAAAGGUAAAAGUUUAAGCGAGAUACAGGAAGUUAUGAAGAGUAAGCGCGAUACCAAAGGAGAUAAAGUGCUGUGUGGAACUGAAAUUAUAGACACGAUGGCUAGUCGGGAAUGCGAAAACAAGGGUGAAUUAGUUGAAGUCGUCUACAAGCCGACUUGCGGGUCCGCCGAGACCAGAGAGUCCGGCCUUUUGACGCCCGAGCCGGAAGAAUCCAGGAAGGAGGCGUUUUUUUUGUACCUGUGCGCGUUUUCUGCCGAACUUCUAACAUUCAUCGGAGGCAUAGGACUGUCGUGGACCUCCCCCAUCAUACCGAGACUACACGGACCUGAAAAUCCCUUCGCUCACCCGAUCACUACUAACCAAGAGGCGUGGAUAGCAGCGUUUCUUCCCUUAGGAGCCGCAGUAGGUCCGUUCGCGGCUGGUCAUUUUGCCGACAAACUCGGAAGAAAAAAAGCCCUGUUGCUUAUAUCCAUACCGAUGUUCGUCGGAUACGCGAUAUUGUCUGCCGCUGCACACGUGGAACUCUAUUACUUCGCCAGAUUCAUCGUUGGCCUGGGAGUCGGCAGUUCGUUUGCAUUGGUGCCGAUGUAUAUCGGGGAAAUCACGCAAACCUUCAAUCGCGGCAAAUUCGGCUGCUUCAUGGGGCUCUCCGUCGUGUUGGGUCUUUUCUAUCCCUUUUCCAUUGGUCCCCACCUAAGCAUCCCGCUCUACAGCGUAUGCUGCGCAGUGCCCCUAGUUAUAUUCUUUGUCGUGUUUUCCGCAUUCAUGCCUGAGUCUCCCUAUUUCCUCGUGGCCGCCGAUGAUCACCUCAAAGCCCAAAAGGUAAUGGUCCGGUUACGCCCAAAGGGCGUAGACGUCAACAAAGAAGUGGCAGCCAUAAGAGAGAGCUUUGCCGCUGAGAAUAGGGCGGCACCAAGCUUCCACGAAGUCGUAACGUCCAAGGUACUUCGCAGAGCGAUAGUCGCCGCACUGGGUCUGGUUCUGCUUCAACAAUUCGCAGGGAUAAAUCCUAUUCUCUCCUUCAUGAAGACGAUUUUUGAGGCCAGCGGCAGUACCAUAUCCCCCAACGUAUGUACCGUGAUCAUCGGUGUAGUGGAAGUCAGCUCCAACAUCGCCUGCGUCUUCGUGGUGGAAAAGCUGGGCAGAAGGGUUCUAUUCCUGGGUUCCUGUUUGGGUUGUUUCAUUUCCAUCUCCGCCUUGGGGGUUUAUUUCUACCUUAAAGCCCACGAUCACGACGUCGAUUCGCUUUUUUGGCUUCCAGUGUUCUCUCUGAUAGUAUACAACGUUUUCUUCAGUCUGGGGUUGGGCCCGUUGCCUUGGGCUGUUGUCGGUGAAGUGUUCCCUUCGAAUAUUAAAGGCUUCGCGACCGCCGUGUGUUCCGGGUCGAAUUUUUUAGUAUCCUGCGUUAUUACGUUCUUAUUCCCGUUGAUAUCGGAAGCUCUGGGUAUGGCCGGGUCGUUUUGGCUAUUCGGGGCUUUCUGUUUCGUCGGAAUUAUCUUCGUGUAUUAUUUCCUGCCCGAAACGAAGGGCAAAACUUUGGCGGAGAUUCAAAAAAUGCUUGCCGAUUAGAACGCAACGAUCGCACGCGGUUCUCUAACAUCAAUUAGAAAGUCAAUGCGAUUCCAAUUAGGAAUUUAAUAAAAAUACGACCUUGCUGUAAAUCCAUCUUGUUAUUCUUUAUGCAUACUAAUCAUAAUUUUCAAAGUUGAUUUGGAAUUACGUAAUUUGUGCCAUUAAAGGUGGUCCGACGCGUCUCCUCCUCUAAUGAUGAAGUGUCAAACUUCAUAUGAACAUAUAUGUAUUAAACAGAUACAGUGGCGAGAGUUUCGUAUGUCAAUUUUGGUAGAUAUCAAUGGCGCGCGACUGAAUUUAUUAAGAGAUCAAAUCUGCUCAUAAGUGAAUGCAAAUGUCAUUUAUUUUUGGAAAUCAGUGGCCUGCCACUGACUGUUUAUGAACAAAUAAUAUUUUGGUUGAUUAUCUAAAACAAAAUGUCUAGUUUUUAGUGAGAAAGCUUUUACGUUUUAAUGAAAUAACAUAACAUUCUAAAAACAAGAUAAAUAAUAAACUAUUUUUAUUUAAAAAAAAGGCAGUAACCUAGUAUUAAUAGUUUUUAACAAAAUUAUAUGUUAAUAAAUAAAUAACAACCUAGGGGGCCAUGGUUGAGGCCCUGCGCGAUCAAAUCAUAUAUAUUAUUAAAUGUAUGAUUUAAAUAUUAUCUUACUGCAAUUAAAUAUGGUACUUCUUCCAGCAAUACUGGCAAAUCUUCUUCCAAAAAUCGGCGGUAAUUAGGCCAUUUAGCCAUUCUGGAUUUUCAUCAAUAGAGUUUAAAACUGCUUCUUUAAUAAUUAAAUAACAAGAAAUACUAAUGAUAAAAAUUAAUUAAGAAGAACUUUAAUUUUUUUACCGAAAACCUUAAAUAGAAUUUAAAAAAAUAAAAAAUAUAUUUUUUUUCAGGAACGAUUGGAUAAUUUUUAUUUUAAGGGGCUCGGUGGCGCGCCAUCUGGUGUAUUUGAAAAGAAAUGUGCGUCUAAAGUGGUAUGUCAAAAGUU